CCCAGAUCCAAACGCCUUAGCCCUCAGAUCUGAUGGAUCACAACCUCACCCGUACCUUACGGUACAGGAGGGCUCUUCUUGUAAGCACUGCGGCCUCCGCUCCACUAGCGACAAGGUUCUGGCGGAUCAUCUCAGGGGCUGAACGCCGCGACAAACUACAGCUCUCAGCCGGCAAGCAAAGCCGGCAGCACUGGCUACUAUAUCAUAUCCAGCAAGAUGUUCUAUUCCAGAGCUGGACAGUGAACAAUAUUCGGUCAUGGCUUGUCAGCGCUGAUGACCACUUCAGCGGCAGGUCUGUGCCCAGCAAUGUCCUUCUGCAGGCCAGUCCUGAUCCCAUCAAGCUUUUUGCCCAAAAGCUAUUUGCCGAGGAGCAUGCCCACCUAGACAAUCAGCAAAAUGGCGAUCAAAGGCUGCGUGGCGGCGAGACACCAAUCUCUUUGUUGAGACAGUGUUGCUAAAGUGGUCCGAUCUGCUGGUGGCUAGGAUGCGGAUACUAUGUAAGAAGUUGUGCUCCUCUCAGAAACAUGUAACUUGGAACUAAUAACAACACAAUGGACCUAUUCGUUUUAUCACUCUUCUGCCUUACAGACUAACUGGAUACGGCGCAAAGGCUGUGAAACGAUAUUUAGAGAUGCGCACCGCGAUGUCCUAGUUCGUCUUACGCAGUUGGCUCA